AUGGCAAGUCCCAAUUUCUAUAAUAAAGUAUAUGCGAUCGUUAAUGCGCCAAUGAUAAUUCUUUCAACAAUAAACCACGAAGGAGAAAUAGAUGUCUGCAAACAUGAGCUGCCACUGGAGAUGUUGCAAGAAAAAGAAUUAAUUGCACAAUGCAAAAAUAUAAAUCGAAAGCAAGUCAACUCAUAUCUUUUAUAUAGAAUGACUUGUGAAAAGUCUAAAAAGAAAAACAGUAGUGACUGGUUCUGCAAUAAUCAAAAUUGCAUUUUGAAUACAAACUCUAUGUCACAAGUAUUAACAAAAACUUGGUCAAAACUCCCCAAACCCUUCAAAAACAUUUUCAAAGAACUUUAUGAAAAUCUAAAAAGAAAACGUUCGAAGCCACAGAUGGGCUUUAUAUUUAUAUUUGAUGAUCGAAGUUUGCAUACUGAAGUAUUAGAAAGUGCUCUCAAUUUGCAAAAUAUCAAUCGGACCUCAUACGAUGCUAAUAUUACGUAUACAAACAAUAAUCACAGUAGUUCAUCAACUGAUUCGGGUAGCGCAUCUUCUAAUUUAGACGGUCUACAGGCAACUCUCAAUUUGCAAACUGUCAAUUGGACCUCUUACGAUGAUACGCCUAAUAAUACUGCAACUACGUAUGCAAAUAAUAUUCACGGCAAUUCGUUAAUUGAUUCGAGUGGCGCGUCCUUUAAUUUAAAUGAUCUACAGUCGGUUCUCAAUUUGCAAAAUAUCAAUUGGAACUCUUACGAUAACACGCAUACAAACAAUAUUCACAGUAAUUCAUCAAUUGAUCCGAGUAACACAUCCUUUAAUUUAGAUGGUCUACAGGCAACUCUUAAUUUACCUAAUAUUACUGCGAGUAUGUAUACAAACAACAUUCACGGCAAUUCGUUAAUUGAUUCGGGUGGCGCGUCCUUUAACCUAAAUGAUCUACAGUCGGUUCUCAAUUUGCAAAAUAUCAAUUGGAACUCUUACGAUAACACGCAUACAAACAAUAUUCACAGUAAUUCAUCAAUUGAUCCGAGUAACACAUCCUUUAAUUUAGAUGGUCUACAGGCAACUCUUAAUUUACCUAAUAUUACUGCGAGUAUGUAUACAAACAACAUUCACGGCAAUUCGUUAAUUGAUUCGGGUGGCGCGUCCUUUAAUUUAAAUGAUCUACAGUCGGUUCUCAAUUUGCCAACUAUCAAUUGGAACUCUUACAAUAACACGCAUACAAACAAUAAUUACGGUAAUUCAUCAAUUGAUUCGGGUAGCGCAUCCUCUAAUUUAGAUGGUCUCAGUAAUUAG